UUGGGGGCUCAAUUGCAAAACUUGCUAAAUUUUGGGGUAUAGUAUGUUUAGCAUAAAAAAUUUGUUUUUGUAACAAAAUAUCUUUUCACCGUUUUUUUUUAUUUAAGGUUUUUUUUUUUUUUUUUUACAGAGACCAUAUUUUUGUAAUAAAAUAAUCAAAAAUUGUAUUUUUAAAAACUCAAUACCACAUUUAAAAAAAUAUUAUAAGCUGUAAAAAAAAACAUAAAUAUUAAUCAUUACUGAAAGGAAAAACUAAAAAUAUACAUAUAGAACAUGAUCAAACCACUUUUUCAAUUUAACUGUUCAAUACGUUGGCCCAAAAAAAACAUAAAUAAAAAUUUGCCCUAUUCGAAAAAAACAUAAAAUCUAGUAUUAAAAAAGCAAACAGCUGUUUUCUAGGAACAUACAAUCAUUGUGGCCAAAAGAAAUUUUCGAAGUAUGAGAAGUAAUUGUUUUGCUCAACAUUAUUCUUACCAAAUUGUUGAGUUGUGUGAAACAAAAGUAGUGGGGGCAGAUGGUUAAGGCAACCAACACCAAGCCCUCCAUGGUCAAUAAUCAGCUCAACUGAAAAGCUUCUCAAGCAAACUCAAAAGUCUUCCACUCUUUAGUUUUCUUGAGACUCUAACUCUUUUCCACUUUCCAAACCUCACCAAGAAAACUCCCAUUGUCUGUUCAAACAAACUGAUUAAGAUUAAGCCCAUGAAUAAUUGUCUAAACAUCAAAACUUAGCUUCAACACUCAACUGGGUUAUUGGUAAUGUUGGUUUAUCUUCCUUCUUUUUUUUCUUUUUUCAGUUCAAAGGUAUCAAACUAUUACAACAACACAUUCAUUCUCUCAGUUUUGUUUCACUAUCUCCCAUGGAGUUACCAACUAAGCACCCGGCUUUUGGUGGCCGGAAAACUUCAUACUCAAUGGAAACCCGAAACCUUUCAUACAAACUGAGAACCCUUUUUGAUGACAUGAAAUGGGAUUGUUUUGGUUUUAAUAGAAAGACAGUUCCAAAGUUGAUUUUGAAGAGCAUAAAUUGUGAAGCAAAGGGAGGGGAACUCACUGCCAUUGCUGGUCCUAGUGGGGCGGGGAAAACCACACUGCUCGAGGCUCUUGCUGGGAAGAUAUUGCCUAGUGAAGUUUCUGGUCAAGUUCUUGUUAAUGAUAAGCCUAUGGUGAUAAGAAGUUUCAAGAGAAUAUCAGCUUAUGUCAAACAAGUUGAUACUCUAUUCCCUUUACUUACAGUUGAAGAAACACUCAUGUAUAGCGCUCUUCUAAGGCGGUCUGGUAACCGAAAAGAGGCUGCAGCUAGAGUCAGACAGUUGCUGAGUGAGCUGGGGUUGGAUCAUGUUGCAGCUUCAACGAUUGCUGGAGGAUCGAACAACGCCAUUUCAGGUGGCGAAAGGAGGAGAGUUUCGAUUGGAGUUGAUCUAGUUCAUGACCCUGCUGUGGUUUUCAUUGAUGAACCAACUUCGGGUUUGGACUCAGCUUCUGCACUCCAUGUAGUUUCAUUGCUCAAAUCCAUGGUGGUUAAUCAAGGUAAGACAGUUAUUCUAACAAUACAUCAACCUGGUUUUAGAAUUCUCGAGCUCUUUGAUCGAAUUAUACUUCUCUCAAAUGGGAAUAUAGCUCAUAAUGGACCGAUGAAUCUUCUUGAAGAAAGACUUAAUUUUGGCUGCAAUCGAAAAGUUCCUAAACAUGUCAAUGUCCUAGAAUUCGCAGUUGAUGUUGUUGAGAGCUUGGUCACACAAACUUCAGAAACUUAUUCUAGCCAACAAAAUAAUGAUCAAGAUUCAAGAAACCGGCUUCAAACUAGCAAUGGUGGUGAGGAAGAGUCUCUUUCCUACACGAAUUCUCAAAUCGAGGAAGUCAUAAUACUAGGACAAAGAUUUUGCAGAAACAUAUUCAGAACAAAGCAACUCUUUGCUACAAGAGUUGUACAAGCAGUGGUAGCUGGUUUAAUACUUGGAACCAUAUUCCUAAACGUUGGAAGUAAACAAGGAAAAAUAGUUCUACAAACCAAAACAGGUUUUUUCGCCUUCAGCCUCACUUUCUUGCUAUCUUCUUCAACAGAAGGCUUGCCAAUCUUCUUGAAUGAGAGAAGAAUUCUAAUGAGUGAGACAGAAAGAGGAGCUUAUAGAGUUUCCUCCUAUGUCAUGGCAAACUUCCUAGUGUUUCUCCCUUUUCUUCUAAUGGUUGGCUUUCUCUACGCCACACCGGUCUACUUUUUAGUCGGGCUAAGGAGAGAAAUCGACGGUUUUCUUUACUUCUCUCUUGUGGUUUGGAUGGUUCUCUUGAUGUCAAAUUCCUUUGUGGCAUGUUUCAGUGCUCUGGUUCCCAAUUUCAUCAUGGGGAACUCAUUCAUUGCAGGCUUAAUGGGAUCUUUCUUUCUCUUCUCUGGGUAUUUUAUAUCAAAGGAUAGGUUGCCUGAUUACUGGGUUUUCAUGCACUAUUUGAGUCUAUUCAAGUACCCUUUUGAGUGUUUUUUGAUAAAUGAGUAUGGAGGGGAGAAAGAGAGUAAAAGGUGCUUAGAAACUGAUGGAGGAAGAGGAUGCAAUCUGUAUGGAGAUGGGUUCUUGAGACAGCAGGGUUUGAAGGAGUCUCAAAAAUGGAGUAAUCUAGCUGUGAUGUUGGGUUUCAUUGUUGGGUACAGAGUGCUUUGUUUUUUGAUUUUGUGGUAUAAAUGUUACAGGACUAGAAACUAGUUACCUUGCUAAUACUUCUUAUUUUCUUUCUUCUGGUCUAGAGGAUAUAUAUGUAUACAUAGUCUUUCUUUUA